AUGAUCGCUCGUCCAAAAAUUAGCCGAAACGAGCGGAAAACGACCGAGAUAGGAGCCUCCAAAGUUGGGAAUUUCGCACCCUUUUCCUGCCCAGGCUCCUUCCACGUCGAACUCGGGGAAGCGAAGCUGUCGACGGGCCUCUUCCUGGACCAGCGGCCCCAGCGCGCCUGGCUCGCGAGGCACGCGGAAAACCGGACCGUGCUCAACCUCUUCGCGCACGCCGGGGCCUACAGCGUGGCCGCGGCGCUCGGCGGCGCGUCUCGGACGCUGUCCGUCGACUGCGACAGGAAGUGGCUCGCGUACGAGGCGAAAUCGCUCGCGUAUAACGGCGUCGCCAACCCGACCGUGGACGUCGGCGGCCGGCCCUUCCCGAAGCACGACGCCAUCUACGGCGACUGCUUCGCGUGGCUGCGGCGGCUCGCGAAUCGGGGCGAGACGUUCGACGUCGUCAUGCUCGACCCGCCGUCGACGUCGACGGUCAACGGGAAGCGCUGGUCCGCGCAGCGCGACUACGGCGCCCUCGCGGCGCUCUGCGCGCCCCUCGUGAACCCGGACGGCGGUCUGCUGUGCUGCACCACCAACGCGCGGAAGCUGCGGCCGCGGAAAUUCGCGCGCGUCUGCUCCGCGGCGCUCGACGACUUCGCCGCGGACCGCGGCCUCUCGAUCGUCCUGGACCGCGUCGUGCCGCCCGCCGUGGACUACCCGGUCCUCGCGGGCCAGAGCCCGGAGGUGAAGAACCUCGUCUUCCGGUUCGAGCGACGUUAA